AUCCGACAAGCCUCGAAGUGACAAUAUCCCAAAUUUUAAGUUUCAAAUUUAAAACACAAUACCAAGAUGUUCCGCAUUAUCGCUGUGAUCUUUGCCCUGGUUGCCAUGACUUUCGCUGCUCCUAGUUACAUUGAGCCCUCUUACGGAGUGGUUCCUGUGGCUCAUGUGGUUCCCGUGGUGAAACACAUUCCAGUGGUGAAGCAGGUUCCGGUGGUGCAGCAUGUUCCCGUGGUCAAGCACGUUCCCGUGGUCAAGCACGUUCCAGUGGUUCAGCAUGUCCCCGUUCUGAAGUCCUACGAAGUAGCAUCCUAUGGAGUUCCCACCUACGGACACCAGAUCUACCACGGUUAAAAUUGGAAAAUAGUAUUAUUGAUAUCGACCGAGAAUGAAUAAAUAACCAUCCAAAUUACCUAA